AGGAGAGGUAGCCAUCUUGUAUGAACAAAGCUUUAGUUGAACACAAUUCAGACAAAAAUAUUCGUUACUAUUCGCAUUGUGUCUUCAUUCUGUAGAUUUGGACUAUGUCAGAAUUAUUGUACCACACGUUAACUUAGCCAUGGCCGCGACGAGAAAGCUCCAAGGUGAAAUAGACCGGUGUCAUAAGAAAGUCGCAGAAGGCGUAGAAACGUUUGAAGACAUCUGGCACAAAGUUCACAAUGCCACAAACAGUAACCAAAAGGAGAAAUAUGAGGCUGAUCUCAAGAAGGAGAUUAAAAAGUUGCAGAGGUUACGGGAUCAGCUUAAAGUGUGGAUUGCUUCUCCGGAUAUCAAGGACAAGGGACCGCUCAUUGAAGACCGAAAGUGGAUAGAAACUCAAAUGGAGAGGUUUAAAGUAGUGGAGCGGGAAACAAAAACCAAAGCUUACUCCAAAGAGGGUCUCGGAGCUGCACAAAAACUGGAUCCAGCGCAGAAGGAACGCGAGGAGAUCAGCUGCUGGCUAGUCACAUCCAUCGACGCGCUCAAUAUUCAGUUGGACCAAUUUGAGUCAGAAAUCGAGUCCCUCCUUGCGGGCAAGAAGAAGAGGUUAGAUAAAGACAAGCAAGAUCGUAUGGAUGAGCUGAAAGGAAAGUUAGAGAAACAUCGUUUCCAUAUCCGGAAGCUGGAGACACUUCUAAGGAUGUUGGAUAAUACUGCAGUGGAAGUAGGGCAGAUAAGAAAAAUUAAAGAUGAUGUGGAGUAUUACAUUGAAGCCUCGCAAGAGCCAGACUUUGAAGAAAAUGAGUUUAUCUAUGAUGACAUCAUUGGUCUUGAUGAGAUAGAACUUUCUGGUGUAGGUCUUCCCUCAUCUGCAACAACAGACAGUAAUAACAGCAACGAUACGGGUGGAACACCUACAUCUACAAGAUCAGGUGGAUCACCCUCUACUUCCCCGAUACAAAAUCUCAACCAUUCCAGUGAGAGCCCUACCCUUGAUGCUGAAAAGAAGAAGAGAGAUGAACAAAUGGCCAAAGUUAGUCCUGUGAAACCAACGGCAGUGAGAGCCAGCCAGCAAAAUUCCCUUAUAAACACUUCUGGCCUUCCUGGCAUCAAACCUGUAAUGGUUACGCCAAGCAAAACAAGUACAGGGGUGGCACAUUCAACUCCAAACAAUAGCUCUCCAAGCUCACUAUUGAAUCAUUCUGUGGGUAAUUUUGCUGCUGUAGCAGCAGCAAAUAGCCAUCCUGCACCUCCUACCACUCCAACUUCCAAUAAUUCGAACAAUAUCACCAGCAGUAAAUCAACACAUAGUACAGAAAAUGGAACCAUACCAGUUUCAUCACCUCACAGCCAACCUCCAAGCUUAAGUACCACAGUUGGAUCAUCGAGUAAUCAACAGCAGCUACACCAUCCAGCUCCCCAACUCUCAUUGGUUGACACAAGACCGUUAGGUGCUGUGGGUAGCGGAAGCAGUACCAGCAAUGUUAGCAGUACGAGCACAAGCAAUCCCCCGCCUCACUUACAACAGGCAUCUGCAGGUUCAACUCCUCCCCCUGCUGUUUCCUCCAAUAAUCAACUGUCAUCCAUUGUUGGCAGCAAACAGUUAAGAAUGCAGGGGCUCCAAGGGCUCCAGGGAUUGGUCAAUUCUAUGGAUCAUCACCAGUACAAUAAUUCAACUGUAAAUUGCUCAUCGCCUCCAUCUCCUGUGAGCAGUGCAGCUUCACCACUACCAACCUUAGGUGCAUCAGCUGCGUCAUUAGCCACAGCUUCAUCAGCUGGGCCAAUAGCCUUGGUGUCACCAUCACCUGUAACCUCAGUACCCACGUCUGGACUUAGCACGUCAUCAGUGACGGCAUUGCCCACAUCAACGCCAGUUCAAACACAGCAGCAGUCAGGCCAACCCCAGCCUGUUCCUCAGCCCCAACUACCCCUUCAGCUACAGUCGCAACCACUAAGCCAGCAGCAACAGCUGCCACAACAGCAGCCAGCGCAGCAACCCACAUUAAAUGGACCGAAUGUUGGUGAUGUUGCCGGACUGUCUUCACUUAAAAGUAUUGCACAGCAAGCUAUUGAUAGAGCAGGUCUUGAGGUUCCUCCUCCAGAGACAAAUAGAAGCUUGUUGGAGUCCAAGAUGAUGAUGCCUGUAACUACAGAAGCUCAUAUUCCUCCAUUAUUGGGAGUAGCACCUUUAGGCCCUGUCCCUCUUCAGAAAGAGCACCAACGUCAGUUCCAGAUGCUUGACGCUGCAUUUUAUCAUUUGCCAUUACCAUCUGAUUCAGAGAAGUUACGAUCUUACCUUGCAAGAACUCCAUGUCCGUCACCACCGUAUUAUCCUCAGGUUCCUUUGCCUGAUACAGAUUCCCUAGAGUUCUAUCAGCGGCUGGGGAACGAAACACUUUUCUUCAUAUUCUAUUAUAUGGAGGGGACCAAGGCUCAGUACCUUGCAGCCAAGGCCCUGAAAAAGCAAAGUUGGAGAUUCCAUACAAAGUUAAUGCAUUGGUAUCAGCGCCAUGAAGAGCCAAGAGUUAUCAAUGAUGAAUAUGAACAGGGCUCCUACAUAUUCUUUGACUUUGAUAAUUGGAUCCAGCGCAGGAGAGAAGGGUUCACAUUUGAAUACAAGUACUUAGAAGACAGGGACCUGAACUGAUGCGAUAAGGCUGACUCAACAUGCUCCAGAAGAUCCUUCACUGCUGAAUAAUGAAUGUAUUGCCAAUGUUCUUUUUCCAAGACGGAUAAGUCCGCAAGUGAUAUUGUAUAGAUUUUUUUUAAUCUCACUUCUGGCUUGGAUGGGGAAAAUCCCUGUGUAAAAUCUCCGGAAGAUAAAAGGGAAUAUGACAUUGUGUUGAACACAGGCUAAUAUUUGUUUUGUUUGUUCCUCAUGGUGACAAUUAAUUGUCCAAUGUGUGGUGCUGUGUAAAGCUGUGCUCUCGAGGUGAAUCACUGUGUGUUACUGCCGUUCAGCAACAUUGUUGCUGGGGCCUAAAAUGAAAUGUGAUAUUUUAUGUUCAAACAUUAUCAUGGUGUAGUAUCAGAACUUCAUCCUGGACUGGAAGAAUUCUCUUUUUUGAGUUACAUCAACUUAAAUGCAUGCCUUGCUUCUUUAAAAGACAAUAUACUAUUUCAUUUCUUCAUUCACUUAAGCUUGGCAUGGACUACCAACUGAAGGCUACCUGCAAAUUGUUUAAUGCACAGCCUCCUGUUGUGUAGUUGCAUGUAAAGAAAAUGUCUUCAUUGGAAUUUCGUUUCUUUCAUGGUGCUGCUGACUCAGAAUAAUAUCAUUUGGUACUCUUGGUUGGUUCGCUCAAAGAAAAUUAAAGUUUGUGUUUUGAGACCUCAUUCAAUUCUUAGGACUCUGGUUUAUCAUAGAUAGGCCAAUGCAUUUUUUGUCAUCUGUAUUCAAACUAAACCCUUUAUUUUGCUUUGCGUUAACUCUAAAAAUUAUUUGUCCUGAUUCAAUCUUGUGGGCUAGUGCUGCUGUGUCUGUCACUGUGGCUAAUUCUCUUUCAACACCACCAUGGAAUAUUUUUUAAUUUGCAUGCUGUCAAGGUAAUUUUGAAAACCAGUAAUUUAGUUAUUUAGUUUUCAUGUAACUAGGAGUGUUAUUUUUUAAUGCUACCAACAUUUGAGUACUGUGGAGCAAUUUGUGGACUUCCAAGCAUUUAUGUUGGAGUUAAAAGCAUUGCAAUAUCUUUGUCCUGUUCAUGAUCUCAAUUUUUUUUUCUGAUUUCAAACUGCAGAAGAAUUUUUUUGAAAUCGUGCUGUGUUUUUGUAUCCUGCUGCUUGCAGUUCUACUUCAUAUUAUUUUUGUUUUUAAUUUAAUUUUGUAGUUCAUUCUUGUAGAAAGAAGCAUAGAUCUUGAGUUUUCUUUCAUCUGGCUAUUUUGUGUUUGUCUUUUCUCCUUUUUUUUUCUCUUUUUUUCUUUUUUUUUCUUUAAAUUUGAAAUGAAUUCUUUAGGAAUGUUCAUUGACCCCCAGUGACAGCUUUUGGGACAAUGAAGGACAGUCACCUUUGCCUCUCACCACGUUAACUGUGUUGUUUGUAUUAAGUACCCGUACUGUAUGUAAAGUUACCUUUCAGCACUAUAUGCAGCUUAGUACCGUUUUAAGGUACUAAGUGCUGCAUAUUGCUGAAUUUAACUGUGGUAGCUUAAACCAUAAAGCCCAUUUAUCUGAUGUAUGUCUACAAUUUUGUUGUGAGCACCGUUUUAUGGUGCUUGCAUUCAACUUACCUGAUGUAGAAGACACUCAGAAAAGAUGGGAUUAUUUUGUGAACA